AACUUGAUGAUCUUAAGGUCCUUUCCAACCCUAACUAUUCUAUCAUUCUAUGUCCAAGUAUAAAUGUAUGCAUGUUGCAGAAUCAUGUAUAAGCAAGUAUAAUGUAUAGCAAAAGACACCCUUUCUGUUUUAGUUUAAAAUAGCUAAGUGUGGUGUGUAUGCUGCAGUGCACUGCUAAGUUGUGGUAGCUGCAGUUAUAGUGAUAAUUGGAUAACUAAUACUGUGACCUUUUGGGCAGCAUAAUAUUGAAUUUCAUCAAACAUUUUAAAUAACAAAAUAUAAAGAGUUAGCUUUAUUUAUGAAAAUGCUGUGAGACACUGAUUUCAUUGACUGCUGGUAUUUAAGGAAGAAAAGCAAGGAGGAUGAUGAGUAGACUUAAGAGCCUCCACAGAUGCACUACUGUGGCCACAGUGUAGAGGCAGGACAUGCAUCCCAUUUCAAAAAUAAAAUAGUUCCUUUAAGAAAGUGCUAAGUGCUGGGAGUGCUUGCUUAUAUAAAAAUGCUUGUCAUUAGAAAGGUGAGUUUUCAGGUGGUCUGACUGGAGAGUGGGUUUGGACAACUUUGGUGUCAGAGUAAAGGGAGAGAUCUGCUGAAGCGGGAGCUAUGAGGAAGCACAGAGUGAUAGUUUCUCCUUCCCCACUGUGCCCUGCUCAUGCUCAGUCAUGUAACUUGGUUACUGGAUUUGCUGCUCAGUGUUUUAGAGCACUUUGCUGCAAGGGACCACCGCCACCACGACCUGAAUAUGACUUGGUUUGCAUAGGCCUCACCGGUUCUGGCAAGACAAGUCUUCUGUCACAGCUUUGUGGUGAAAGCCCGGAGAAUAUAGUGUCUACCACAGGUUUUAGUAUAAAAGCAGUGCCAUUCCAGAAUGCCAUCUUGAAUGUGAAAGAACUUGGAGGGGCUGACAAUAUCAGGAAAUACUGGAGUCGUUACUACCAAGGAUCCCAAGGAGUAAUAUUUGUAUUAGACAGCGCCUCCUCUGAAGAUGAUCUAGAAACUGCUAGGAAUGAACUGCAUUCUGCUCUCCAGCACCCCCAGUUAUGUACUUUGCCGUUUUUAAUACUGGCCAAUCAUCAAGACAAGCCAGCAGCUCGUUCUGUGCAAGAGAUUAAAAAAUAUUUUGAACUUGAGCCACUUGCACGUGGAAAGCGCUGGAUCCUUAAACCCUGCUCCUUGGAUGAUAUGGAAGCAGUAAAAGACAGCUUCUCCCUUCUAAUAAACUUGCUAGAAGAGAGAGAUUUCGAACCUUCAAGAAUGUGAAACCCAAGAGAGAAGAGCGAUUCUCCAGGCAUCACUGUACCUGAACAUUCUGCUCACAGCUUAAUUAUGAUGUGGUAUCAAGAGAUGGCUGUGAUAUCUUUUUCAUACAGAGUUAGUGCAGAAUGUCCUUUUGUUAAAAUAAAUACUCUGUGAAUCAGGUACACAACUAGUUCCAGUAAAGUUGUCUACUACUGAAAUAGGGAGUUCCUCUUUGUUUACCACUAUUUCUGCACACAGCAUGUUGCUUUCUUGCAUUGUGAUCAUCCUUGAUAGGAAAUUUUACACGCACAAAAAUAAAAUAGUCUGUAAAGGAGGAAUUCUACAUGCUACCUUGGCUUUUAAAAUAUAACUAAUGUCUUAAGGAUUUGUGAGAGUAGUUUGUAUUAGCCUGUUUACUGUGAUUCUGCAGUAUGGAAAAGCACAGCCACUUGAGACCUUUAGAAGGACACCUUAAAGGCAAGGAGUUUCAUAAAAUGCAAAGGUUAGUCUUGAGGUUUUACUAGGUGAAAACACAGUUGACAAGUUUGUUGAUUCCUCUUCUGAAGUCACAGCAUAACCUUGUCAAAGGCAGAGCCGCUGCUUUGCUGAAAGCUUCCUAAAACAUAAAUUAUCAAAGAGAUGUAUGGGGAUAAUAGUACUUGGCAAAAAUAUGUAACAUAAACAGGUGGUCUGAGUAAUAAAAUUUUCAGAAAUAUACAACAGUUGGAUAAAGUAAAAAUUUUCAUUGAAAGUAGUUUUGCAUAACAGAAGAAAGCAAAUGUCAAUUCAGCUGUGGAGAACUGAUCUCUAGUUAGAGUGACUGAUGUUGAAUACGUAUUUCUUCCUAUAUCGGUCACUUACAGACUGCUACUGUUAUUGUAACAUUGCCAAGGCAUCUAUACCAUAGUUAAGGGCCUUCCAGUGUUUGUACUAUAAGCUUCUCUUUUCAGGGGAUUAUAACAUGUUCUUUUGAACUUCCUCUGGGCUUGAUGUUACUUAGAAGACAAAAAGGUAUUCAUUGGAAACAUUUGAAAUACAUUUGGAAAAAAAUCAUUUGGUUCCAGUAACACAGUGUGUAUGUCCUCUUUCCAAGUUUUCCCAGUUGUAGAUUUGCAGGUUUUUUGACUGCCUUUUCUUGAUAUUUUAAAACCUUAUAAGGUGAUUUUGCCCAUUAAAGAAACAUGCCAAGUCACUUAAUGGCUCACCAUUAAGUCAGUCAUAACAGGGUAUCUGCAGAUCAGUCACUGGACUGGUGCACACCUUAAAUGUUGUGCCUUGUGCAUUUAGCUACCCUCAUGCAUGAGCAUCUGCAAACUCAAACUGUAGUGAUGUGUCUUGUCAGUGGUUCUUUAUCAAUUCUGCUGGUGUUUUAAAACUCAUAACUCCUUUUUUCAGGGCAUUAAGUAACAUCUUUCCACUCUGUUUAUUUUUUUAAGUAAGUUUGAAGUUUAUUGUAGUUUCUCAGUAGUUUAUUUGGGAAUAAAAAAAUAGCUUUUAAAGGCUUAUAAAAGCCAUUUCUCUGUUACUUGCAAUUACACUCUUUAUUAAACAAGAUGUUUUUAAUAGGUUUUUUGUUUACUUUUCAACUUCCAUGAACUUCUUGCAUUGCUCAGUCAGAAUUAUUUUUGCCCAAAUGCAUGGCCUGAUGAUCACUGUUUCAGAUUGCUUCCUAUUAUCAGAAAGAAAACUGUUAAGCUCCUUGUUUAAUUUUAAGAUAGAAUAGGCAGAAAACGUGAAGGGCAUCCCUUCUUCUUUUGUGUUUCUUCUUUUUUCUGCCAGGUCCAUUGCUUCGCUCCUAAUACUUUUGGAAAUAUCAAGAACUGGAAGUGUUAAUUUUGAAACACAGAGAGGAGCCCUCUGUUGGUUCAGUUCUCUCUGAUCAAUUUAGGUGGAACCCAGCUGCCCAUCAAUUUCCAUUGUAUGGGUUAAGGAGAUUCAUUUCCCUGGAUUUAAAGAGGAAUUGCGUCCAAUUUACAGUUCCAGACUCUCUCUUAUCUGACAUGAGCUCAGAGGCUACAGCAUCCCCACAUGUCCAUAAAGGUCCCCAGAUUUCUGUCCUGUUUAGGGACAAUGACAAAUAAAUGUGGGGAGGAGUGAGGGAAUUAUUUCCCAGAGAAGGCAGGCAGUCUGGGCAGGGAAAAAGGAGUGAUUUAAUGCUUUUACUGCUUUUUCAUUGAGCACUAGUUAAAAGAUAUUUUUCUUUUUACUGAUUUUCCCUUUCUUUCCCAUGUUGAAGUUAUGGACCAAAAGGUACAGCAAAUGAAAAUAAGUCCAACUGGUUUGCAUUCUUAAAACCAUACUUGUACCAUCAGUGAGACUGAUCCAAAAAACUUAAGAGCUUCUGAGUUAUAUUUUGGUUAUGAUUUCCCAACUAUGCACUGUUGGAAGGUGCUACAUGACUAUCCUGCAAAAGGUCCAAAUAGUCAAUGAGGAUAUGGCUUUGGCAUAUGUCAGUGGCCACUUAGACCAGGACCUUUGGAUGUUUAAUGCUUUUUCUCUAGGAAAAUACCAACUGCACAGGAGCAGUUGUUUUUGGGUUUUUUUUCCAAUUAUUUUGAGUAUGCCUUUUCUUACAGUGAUCAUUCCUCACCACAGGCUGAAGCAAUACCUCAUAACUGCAUAAGGCUAAGACCAACACUUCACUUUACUUUGAGUGUAGUUCUGUGGUUUUGUGUUGUGGAUGGACUUAAUGGAUGUGAACCUUAACAUCUGCAAACACCUUCACCUUUUUAUGGAGGAAUUAAAAAUGCUCGUAGCAGCUCAAGUCACACUUCCCUGUCCUUCUGUCCUUCACCAGUCUUAAUUGUUUCUUUUAAUCUUUUCACAUGUGUUCAUCAUUUAGGUGAAAUAAACUUGGGCACUAGACUCUACUUUCCAUGCAAGUUCACUGAAGAGUGAACAUUGUCUUUUUAAAAAAGAUACUGUGCUUUAAUCUUCUUUAGCCAUCUGUUAAACUAAUUUCUGUAUGUAUGUGUGUGUGUGUGUAUGUGUAUGUGCCCACAUUGGGCUUCUUUUCAGACCUGUGGCUGUCUGCAGUGUCUCAGCCGUCAGAAUGAAAACAUUAUCAAUCAGUAUCCAACAACAGCUGGUUUUGACAAGCUUCUGUCUGCUGCCUAAUACUUUACAACUUGUCAGUAAGAACUCUUUGUCUACCCACUUUGAGCUAGUAAUCUUACUGCUUCCAUGUCGUGUCCUGUACUUGUACUUCUUGCAUUUGUAUGGAAAAAAGUUAAAUCUUAGUGGGUUUUGAUAUUCUUUCUUGCUGUAUAAUGCUCCAUGUGUAUCUCAGCUUGCUUCUUCAAAUGCGCUAUACAAAAAUCUGUGAUGUAUUAUUUCAGUUAACUUCUCGCAUUUCAUUAUAUUUAUAGAAGUUGCAGAUUUUUGUACUGUAUUAGCUAAUAGAGUUGCCUUUUUGUAAUGGCAAUUAAUUUAUAUUACAAAAGUUUGUAUCUUUACUGUAGUCAAAAGUAUUAGUUAACAGCCAUAUUAUCUUGACUUUAUACUAAAAAUACAGUGUCUAUACAUGGAAGCUGAGCCAUUCAAGUGGCAACUGCUGACAUGGGGAAGUUGUACUGUUUGUGAUUUAUACAUGAUUUCCACUAUCCAAAAAAAAAAAGAAAAAAAAAAGAAAAUAAA